CCGCUCAGAAGCGCAGUGAGCGCCAGCAGCGACGGACCUCUGAGAGGGGGAAGUGCUGCUCGGUUCUCAGGGGUUAUAAACCGGCCCUAGUCUCCGCCUUCCCGAAGGAACCGUCCGGCCGCCAACAUGAACGGACCACCCACCGGGGACAGCGCCUGCCAGCUACGGACCAUCAAACGCGUCCAGUUCGGUGUACUGGGCCCCGACGAGCUGAAACGCAUGUCGGUCACAGAGGGAGGAAUAAAAUACUCAGAGACAACAGAAGGGGGCCGCCCCAAGCUGGGUGGAUUGAUGGACCCACGGCAAGGAGUGGUUGAGCGAAGUGGACGCUGUCAGACAUGUGCAGGUAACAUGACGGAAUGUCCCGGUCACUUCGGACACAUUGAGUUGGCGAAGCCAGUCUUCCAUUGUGGCUUUCUCGUGAAGACCAUGAAAGUUUUACGCUGCGUCUGUUUCUUUUGCUCCAAGCUUCUGGUGGACUCUAAUAACCCAAAAAUCAAAGACAUUUUGACCAAAUCUAAAGGACAGCCAAAGAAGCGUCUGACUCACGUCUAUGAACUGUGCAAAGGGAAGAACAUCUGCGAAGGUGGAGAAGAAAUGGACAACAAGUUUGGGGUGGAGCAGAACGAGGGGGAUGAGGACAUUACGAAAGAAAAGGGUCAUGGCGGCUGUGGGCGUUAUCAGCCACGCAUUCGGCGCACUGGCCUGGAGUUGUAUGCUGAAUGGAAACACGUGAAUGAAGACUCUCAGGAGAAGAAGAUUCUACUCAGUCCAGAGAGGGUCCAUGAAAUCUUUAAGCGGAUAACAGAUGAGGAAUGUUUCAUCCUUGGUAUGGACCCGCGAUAUGCUCGUCCUGAGUGGUUGAUUGUCACCGUCCUUCCAGUGCCACCAUUGUCUGUAAGACCUGCCGUUGUCAUGCAAGGAUCGGCCAGAAAUCAGGACGAUCUGACUCACAAACUGGCGGAUAUUGUGAAGAUAAACAACCAGCUGCGGAGGAAUGAACAGAAUGGGGCCGCUGCUCACGUCAUUGCUGAAGAUGUGAAACUUCUGCAGUUCCAUGUGGCCACCAUGGUGGAUAACGAGAUGCCUGGAUUACCCCGGGCUAUGCAAAAGUCUGGACGCCCCUUGAAAUCCUUAAAGAUGCGUCUAAAAGGAAAGGAAGGGCGAGUACGUGGAAACUUGAUGGGGAAACGUGUGGAUUUCUCCGCCCGAACCGUCAUUACCCCCGACCCAAAUCUUUCCAUCGACCAAGUCGGCGUUCCAAGGUCGAUUGCUGCAAACAUGACCUUCCCGGAGAUUGUCACCCCAUUCAAUAUUGACCGGCUGCAGGAGCUGGUGAGACGAGGAAACAGUCAGUACCCAGGAGCCAAAUACAUCAUACGAGAUAACGGCGAUCGCAUAGACCUGCGAUUCCACCCAAAACCCAGCGACCUUCACCUGCAAAUUGGUUACAAGGUGGAGAGACACAUGUGUGAUGGGGAUAUUGUCAUCUUCAACAGACAGCCCACAUUGCAUAAAAUGUCUAUGAUGGGGCAUCGAGUCCGUAUUCUGCCCUGGUCCACCUUCCGACUCAACCUCAGUGUCACCACUCCCUACAACGCUGACUUUGAUGGAGACGAGAUGAAUCUGCACCUUCCGCAGUCUUUGGAAACUCGGGCAGAGAUCCAGGAGUUGGCAAUGGUGCCGCGUAUGAUUGUCACUCCUCAGUCUAACCGUCCCGUCAUGGGAAUUGUGCAGGACAGUCUGACUGCUGUGCGCAAAUUCACCAAGAGGGACGUCUUCAUAGAAAGGGGAGAAGUGAUGAACUUGCUCAUGUUCCUCUCCACAUGGGAUGGAAAGGUACCUCAGCCCGCCAUCUUGAAGCCCCGCCCCCUCUGGACGGGAAAGCAGAUCUUCUCUCUCAUCGUUCCCGGACACAUUAAUUGUAUCCGGACGCACAGCACUCACCCCGAUGAUGAAGACAGUGGACCCUAUAAACACAUUUCUCCUGGGGACACCAAGGUGGUUGUGGAGAACGGGGAGCUGAUAAUGGGAAUCCUGUGUAAGAAAUCUCUGGGGACAUCAGCCGGGUCUCUAGUCCACAUCUCAUACCUGGAGAUGGGUCACGAUACAACGCGGCUCUUCUACUCCAACAUCCAGACCGUCAUCAAUACCUGGCUCCUCAUUGAAGGUCACACGAUUGGAAUUGGAGACUCUAUUGCUGAUGCCAAGACUUACCAGGAUAUUCAGAACACCAUCAAGAAGGCGAAGCAGGAUGUGAUAGAGGUGAUUGAAAAGGCGCACAACAACGAGCUGGAACCCACCCCCGGAAACACUCUACGGCAGACAUUUGAGAACCAAGUGAACAGAAUUCUGAACGAUGCCAGAGAUAAAACUGGUUCCUCUGCCCAGAAGUCCCUGUCUGAGUACAACAACUUCAAGUCUAUGGUGGUGUCCGGAGCCAAAGGCUCGAAAAUUAACAUUUCUCAGGUCAUUGCUGUGGUGGGACAGCAGAACGUGGAGGGAAAGCGAAUCCCCUUUGGAUUCAAACACCGGACGCUCCCUCACUUUAUCAAGGAUGAUUACGGUCCUGAGAGCCGAGGCUUUGUGGAAAACUCCUAUCUGGCCGGUCUGACCCCUACAGAGUUCUUCUUCCAUGCUAUGGGAGGGCGAGAGGGUCUUAUCGACACGGCUGUGAAGACUGCCGAGACUGGUUAUAUCCAGAGACGUCUGAUCAAGUCUAUGGAGUCUGUCAUGGUGAAAUACGACGCUACGGUCCGGAACUCCAUCAAUCAGGUGGUACAGCUGAGAUACGGAGAAGAUGGUUUGGCUGGAGAGGGAGUCGAGUUCCAGAAUUUGGCCACAUUGAAACCCUCCAACAAAGCCUUCGAGAAGAAAUUUAAGUUUGAUUACGCGAAUGAACGCGCUUUGCGCAGGACGUUACAGGAGGACGUGGUGAAGGACAUUCUCAGCAACGCUCACAUCCAGAAUGAGCUGGAAAAGGAGUUUGAGAAGAUGAAGGAAGACAGAGAGGUUCUGAGAGUCAUUUUCCCCACUGGAGAUAGUAAGGUUGUUCUGCCUUGUAACCUGAUGAGGAUGAUAUGGAACGCACAGAAGAUCUUUCACAUUAAUGCCCGGAUCCCCACAGAUCUGCACCCUAUAAAAGUGGUGGAUGGUCUGAAGGAUCUCAGUAAGAAGCUGGUGAUUGUCAAUGGAGACGAUCCUUUGAGCCGACAAGCACAGGAAAAUGCCACCCUUUUGUUUAACAUCCACUUACGUUCGACCCUGUGCAGCAGGCGGAUGAUAGAGGAGUUCCGGCUCAGCGGAGAAGCCUAUGACUGGCUUCUGGGGGAAAUCGAGUCCAAAUUCAACCAGGCCAUUGCUCACCCCGGUGAGAUGGUGGGCGCUCUGGCUGCUCAGUCACUCGGAGAACCCGCCACUCAGAUGACCCUGAACACCUUCCAUUACGCCGGUGUGUCGGCUAAAAACGUCACCUUGGGAGUCCCGCGUCUGAAGGAGCUCAUCAAUAUUUCCAAAAAACCAAAGACCCCUUCCCUGACGGUGUUCUUGCUGGGGCAGUCGGCUCGCGAUGCUGAGCGCGCAAAGGAUAUUCUCUGCCGAUUGGAGCAUACCACGCUCCGCAAAGUCACCGCCAAUACCGCCAUUUACUACGACCCAAAUCCACAGAACACCGUGGUGUCCGAAGAUCAGGAAUGGGUCAAUAUCUACUAUGAGAUGCCCGACUUUGAUGUGACCAGAAUUUCCCCGUGGUUACUUCGUGUGGAGCUCGAUCGCAAGCACAUGACCGAUCGGAAACUGACCAUGGAGCAGAUUGCCGAGAAGAUCAAUGCAGGUUUUGGAGACGAUUUGAACUGUAUCUUCAAUGAUGACAAUGCUGAAAAGCUAGUCCUGCGAAUCCGUAUUAUGAACAGUGAGGAGAACAAGAUGCAAGAGGAAGAAGAGGUUGUGGAUAAAAUGGAUGACGAUGUCUUUCUGCGUUGCAUUGAAUCGAACAUGCUGACAGAUAUGACCUUGCAGGGAAUCGAGCAGAUCAGUAAGGUCUACAUGCACUUGCCUCAGACAGACAAUAAGAAGAAGAUCAUCAUUACAGAAGAUGGGGAGUUUAAGGCUCUUCAGGAGUGGAUUUUGGAGACGGAUGGAGUCAGUCUAAUGCGAGUCUUGAGUGAGAAAGACGUUGAUCCUGUGAGGACCACAUCCAAUGACAUUGUAGAGAUCUUUACAGUGUUGGGGAUCGAGGCUGUGCGCAAAGCUCUGGAGAGAGAAUUGUACCAUGUCAUCUCCUUCGAUGGUUCUUACGUCAAUUACCGUCACUUGGCUCUUCUUUGUGACACAAUGACAAGCAGAGGACACUUGAUGGCCAUCACACGUCACGGUGUGAACAGGCAGGACACGGGACCUCUCAUGAAGUGUUCCUUUGAAGAGACGGUGGAUGUCCUCAUGGAGGCGGCGGCACAUGGUGAAUCGGACCCUAUGAAGGGUGUGUCUGAGAACAUCAUGUUGGGACAGUUGGCUCCGGCUGGCACUGGCUGUUUUGACCUCUUAUUGGAUGCCGAGAAAUGUAAAUUUGGAAUGGAAAUUCCAACCAAUAUUCCAGGACUUGGAGCUGUAGGACCAACUGGUAUGUUCUUUGGAUCUGCUCCAAGUCCAAUGGGGGGAAUGUCGCCCGCCAUGACGCCAUGGAACCAAGGAGCUACGCCAGCCUAUGGAGCCUGGUCGCCAAGUCUAGGGAGUGGUAUGACCCCUGGAGCUGCCGGCUUCUCUCCCAGUGCCGCUUCAGAUGCCAGUGGCUUCAGUCCAGGAUAUUCCCCUGCGUGGUCCCCCACCCCCGGCUCUCCUGGAUCUCCGGGACCUUCCAGUCCAUACAUUCCCUCACCAGGUGGUGCCAUGUCUCCUAGUUAUUCUCCAACUUCUCCUGCUUAUGAGCCCAGAAGCCCUGGUGGAUACACUCCUCAGAGUCCCAGCUACUCGCCAACAUCUCCAUCCUACAGUCCCACCUCCCCAUCCUAUUCUCCCACUAGUCCCAACUACAGUCCUACUUCACCCAGCUAUUCCCCCACAUCACCCAGUUAUUCUCCAACAAGUCCUAGUUACUCUCCAACAUCUCCCAGCUAUAGCCCAACAAGCCCAAGUUACAGCCCCACUUCACCAAGCUACUCUCCAACCUCUCCUAGCUAUUCCCCCACCAGUCCCAGCUACAGUCCCACGUCUCCCAGCUAUUCCCCCACCAGUCCCAGUUACAGUCCAACAUCACCCAGUUAUUCUCCUACAAGCCCCAGUUAUUCGCCUACAAGUCCCAGCUAUUCUCCUACCAGCCCAAGUUACUCCCCCACCUCUCCCAGCUACUCCCCAACAUCCCCUUCAUACAGCCCGACGUCUCCUUCUUACUCGCCAACUUCUCCCAACUAUUCGCCAUCUUCUCCCAACUACACACCAACAUCUCCCAGUUACAGCCCAACAAGUCCCAGUUACAGCCCCACUUCUCCAAGUUACAGCCCAACCUCUCCCAAUUAUUCACCUACAUCUCCCAGUUACUCGCCAUCCAGCCCCCGUUAUACGCCACAGUCCCCGAGCUAUACACCCAGCUCUCCCAGCUACAGCCCAAGUUCACCCAGCUACUCCCCAACAAGCCCAAAAUACACGCCGACGAGUCCAUCCUACAGCCCAAGCUCACCAGAGUACACCCCUACAUCUCCCAAAUAUUCUCCAACUUCACCCAAGUACUCGCCAACAUCUCCCAAGUAUUCUCCAACCUCCCCUACAUAUUCCCCCACAACCCCCAAAUACUCUCCUACAUCUCCAACCUAUUCACCAACCUCCCCAGUCUAUACUCCUACAUCUCCCAAAUACUCCCCCACUUCUCCCACCUACUCGCCUACUUCUCCCAAGUAUUCACCAACCUCGCCCACCUACUCACCUACAAGUCCCAAGGGCUCCACAUAUUCUCCCACAUCCCCUGGCUACAGUCCUACGUCACCCACUUACAGUCUUACCAGUCCGGCUAUUAGCCCGGAUGACAGUGAUGAAGAGAAUUGAAGAGGACGUGCGGCUUCCAGAGAGACUCCAUCUUUUAUACUGUUCAGCCACAUGGAGACAUAAUGAAAGACUUCACACCAACGUAAUAGACACGUUUUUUUCCUGCGUAUAAUCCUGCUGGCUUAUCUUUGGCUUUGUCGUUCUAUGAUCUCAGCCUGUAUGUGUAAAUUUUUAUCUGAGCAAGCUGUGAUAAAGACGUCAUAGUUGUUUCAUGCAAGUUUGUUGUGAACUGAAUCUCUAAAUGUUUUGCACCAAUCCCACAAAAAUACAAAAGCGAAAAACAAAAAAACUCGCCAAAUUCCUCCCGAAUAUUCAGACCGUGCCGCGCUAACUGAACCUAUGCUUGCGUUCUGGUGUUUUUUCCUCGCACUUAUCCAGCGUAUCGUUCAGCAUCCACCUCGUUAUUUAUAGACUGAGAUGAUUCAGUUUUAAUUUUUUUGUUUUUGUUUAUUUUGAUGUUUUUCAGCAGAUUGCUCUGAAUUUUUCACCAGUCUGACUCUUUAACAAGAUUUCUUUUGAAAUAUUAAAUAUUGAAUUAAACUUGGUAAUUCUGUAAUUCUCAAUAAAGAGA